AUGCAUGGAACUGGCAGUUUAAUACAAUAUUUAGUUACUACCUAUUAUGUUCAUUUAACUUCGAUAUUAAUAGUUUACGAUUCAAGCAAUAUUAUUUUUAACGAAUUACAACAACAAUAUCUAGAUGAUGUUCAGCAGGUCUUUGAAAAUCAAUCAAGACAUGGCAAUACAAUUGGUUUACAAUGGAUUAAUAUUGCAAAUUUUAAUGAAACUGAUGAAGAUUUAAAUGAGCAAAUAUUAGGUGCAGUCGACUUAGUAGCUGUUGAGGGGUUCAUAACAAUACUUGCAAAUACUUCACGAUUUUUACAUGCCCGCUACUAUGCAACACGCUAUACAACUCUACGCCUUAAGGAUAAAAUCUAUUUGUUUUUAUGCGAAUCAGAGGAGAAUCCUAAAGAUUUUUUAGCCAACGAGGUACUGCAGUUUUAUCCUCAUCAUUUGAUGGUAAUACCUGAAACCAUAUAUCCUGAAUCUAAUAACAAUGUUGAUGUCACCACUACUGCUACUUCUACUACUAGGAUUACUGAUUCGCUGUCGUCCUUUUUUAACACUAAUAUUGAUGUUACAAACAACAAUAACUACAACAACUACAAAUACCGCGGCAUCAAUUUUGAAUUGUGGACACAACAGUACGGUGGUGCAGAAGGCAAUUUAAAUGCCAUAUACCUAGAUACGUACAUUAGUGGUAAUGGAACAUUUGCCAAAAAUGUUCAACUUUAUCCAAAUAAACUUUGGAAUCUACAACAACGUACAAUGAGAAUUGGUUCUUUAACUUAUGUACCAUACGUAAAAACUUAUUAUGUGUCUCCCGAUCAAGGGAAUGUGGAUUCUAUCAAAUCUAAAGGUCCUAAAAAAACUGUGCAAUUUAUUGGUGUUGAAGCAGAACUGAUGAAAUCUUUUUGCCAAAUUCGAAACUGUCAUUUAAGAGUGAAACCUUAUGCUGCUGACAAUUGGGGCAUUAUCUAUGAUAAUGGUUCUGCCGAGGGAAUGCUAGGUGAUCUUUAUAAACAAAACACUGAAAUGGCUAUAGGUUGUAUUUACAAUUGGUAUAACGAUGUAACGGAAACGUCAAGAUUUAUAGCCAGAUCUGCGGUAACUAUUUUAGGACCAGGACCUGCGCAAUUUCCUCGAUGGCGCACCAAUAUAAUGCCAUUUUCUUAUGGUUUAUGGUUAUUUCUUGUUUUCACCAUGAUUAUGUGCUCAAUAAUGUUUCAUUUCAUCAAAUACACUUCAUAUCGUUUUAAGCAUAUUUAUUCCGCGAGGCAAAAUAAAUACCGCAGUAUUAAGAACUAUGAAAAAACGUUAUUGGAUAUAUUUGCAGUAUUUAUACAACAACCUUCAGCAGAUACUGUUUUGCAUCGUGUUGCAUCACGCAUAUUUUUAGCAUUUCUAUUGUGUGCUACCAUAACAUUGGAAAAUACCUACAGUGGCCAAUUAAAGUCUAUAUUGACAAUGCCUUUGUUUAAUGAGCCUGUGGAUACCAUGCACAAAUGGUCCUUAACUGGCUGGAAAUGGGCGGCUCCUUCUAUAAUAUGGGUACAUACGGUGGAGAAUUCAGAUUUAGCCAUGGAACAACGUUUGGCUAAACAAUUCGAAGUUCGAGAUUAUGAAUUUCUAUAUAAUGCCACAUUUUGGGACAACUAUGGUUUCGGUGUUGAAAGAAUUUAUAGUGGUUCAUUUUCAUUUGGGGACUACAUAACAGGAGCAGCUUUAGAAAAUAAAAUUGUACCAAAAGACGAUUUGUAUUUCGAUUGGACUCGUGCUGUAGCUGUUAGAGGUUGGCCAUUAAUGCCAUUACUUGAUCGCCAUAUAUCUUUCUGUUUGGAAACCGGCAUCUACAUACAUUGGGAAAGACAUUUUAGUUACAAAUUUUUGGAUCAUCAAGUGCAGGACAUAUUAAAAAAGCUAGCCUCGGGAUCUAAACCCAAGUCACCGCCCCAAAUGCUAUCGAUUGAGCACAUAUCCGGUCCUUUGUUCAUCUUGCUUUUUGGUUACUUACUGGCAUUUCUUGUUUUGAUGGGAGAAUUAUUCGGACAUCGUUUAAAGAUGAAAUUUUUACCAGGAGGUCGUUAUUUAAUUAAAUUUAAAUAAUUACACUGCGAUAAUUGUGUUAUUAACAUUCACAUUGUUAACUAUAUCUUAUUUAUGAAUAGUUCUUACGUUUCGUUUACCAAA